AUAUAAUUCAUUUCCUCGAACAGUUGAACAAUUAUGUUGGCCAUGCAAUACAAUCAGAAGAGAAAAAGGCACAAGUCGAGACAAGAAGUCCUAUAUAUUAAGUACCGAAUUUGCAAGAACUGUCAACUUAGGACUUUAAUUAACUGCUAUUAAUUGACUGUUGGUUCAUGAUGCCAUCAGCGUUUGAGCAGACUGCUACCAUCUGUAAGGAUCUCAGUUGACAGUUAACCAAGGCGGAAAGGACUACAGUUAAUAUAUAUUGGUUUAAAGUACACUAUCUGCCUUCAUAAUAUAAUGGAGUUCAAUAAUACUACGAUAGAAACUAACAAUACAGCUUUUGAUAAUUGGACAUCGUUUCCACCAAACGUCCAUGGAAGAAGACAUCCUGCGGGUGCACUGUUAAAUCUAAAGGAACUACUUACUCUUCUCCCAUUAUCGAUUCUUGUUGCUCUGACGAAUGGCUUGGUGUUUGUUCUAUUCAUCAAGAGAAAGAAACUUCGAACUCCUGCUAAUUAUUUGCUUGUUAGUCUUGCUGUAGCAGACUUUAUCACGGGCACUGUCAACAUACCACUCUUUAUUGCCUAUUUGAGCACCCUUGAUCAUCAGAUUCUUCUGAUUUUUGACCCUUUUAAUAAGUUAACCGCGAUCUUAACGGCCUAUCACAUCCUCGCCGUGACCGCAGAAAAAUAUAUCGCCAUCGUGAAACCACUCAGGCAUCAUAGUGCCAAUCCUAAAAUGCCUUUUAUCGUUCUUGGCAUCGUGUGGUUGAUAUCCUCUGUGGUAGCUGUCAUUCCUUCGUUCUGGAUGACAAUGAUGCGUAAAACACACCGUAAGACAACAGUCCACCUCCAACUGGGUCAUGAUGUGUUUUGUUUCGUGUUUGUAUUCCUUUUACCCUAUAUUUUUAUGGUAUAUGCCCAGGUUGUCAUGUUUAAAGCCAUCUCAAAAAGCAAGAGCAAAAAUAGUUUACAAAGAGCCGUAACAUCAAACGCCAGGCAAAGAAAGGCACGGGGCAUCACAAAUGAAAGAAAAUGUCUGGCCAUAUUUGCCUGUAUGGCGGUGUUGUUUGCUAUUUGUUGGUUACCCUGGUUCCUCUUGACUUUUCUAGCUACACUGACGGCUGUUGUUAAACAACUUCUACCUAUAAUUGCAAAACCAGAAACAAUGUCCUUACUAAAAACCUUUGCAAUUGUAAGGUUUUCCACCUCUAUCAUCAACCCCAUUCUGUACACUUUCUUUAAACGGGAUUUUAUGAAUGCUUGCAAGAGUUUCUGCCACUGUGGUUCUUCGCGCCCGCGGUCAAGUAGGAUGUUAUCCUUCGAAAGUUCAAUACCGAUGACAAGGAGUACGAGAAGACGUUUAGCAAAGAGCAGGAACUCUCAUAAUCUUCAAGAUGCAAAUGAACAACAGGUGAACAUUUCAACAACUGAGGACAUAGUCAUGCAAGUAAUUACAAGUCUGUAGAACAGGUCAAACCAAUAGUUAUCUGAUAAAACAACAGUAGAUAUGAAAUGGGGGUUCUACAUCAAUCCAGCUCCGGAGCCGUUCCGGAGCCAGCGCAUCGGAGGGAUGCCCUGACUUCUUGUCCGAAUUUUUGGACAGCUCAUGCCUAUUUUUAGUAUAGCCCUCUACUGAAACCAUCUUCAAGAUUACCCCCCUUCUCCUGGAGGUUGGAGAAUAGGUCAUAUCCACAUGACAUACCCAUAGUGUAUCAAUGAUAAAGUGGAAUUGAAUAAUCUAGUAUCUUAGAAAUCCAUGUAUGAGUCAUGUUUAAUAUUCAAUACGGGUGAAGGCAAUGGUCAUUGGCCAUGAUGCUCCUGUAUAUAUAAUGAAUCCAUAAUUGUAGACUUGAAUAUAGAGUUGAAUAUAGAUGUCAUGAUUGUCAGAUGAUAUUUAAUAGGAUACGUUGUGUGUGACACAGACUAUCGUAAAUUUUUAGUUUAGGAAGAAAAAGAGUGUUUUAUUUGACACGAGUAAUUAAAUUAAGGUUGAACGAUGCAUCGGAAUAUCAAUAUAUCGCAAUAUUAAAGCCACGAUAGCGAUGCAUCGAUGGAAACAUUGUAUUAUCGAUAACUAUUGCGAUAGUUGACUUUGACUAUCGAUUGUCUCAAUUCUGAAAUGAUAACGAACUUAAAACAUUUGUUAGCAGAUAAUGUGUGGUGCACAAAUUACUCGUUUUUUCUGCUUCAGAUU